AGUCGCUUCGUAGUCUUCGUAGCGGUAUCUACGCGUCUACGGCGCUACGCUUCUAUGUGUGGUUCCCUACGUAGCUUAAUUUUACGAAUUGUACAUUGUACGGGAUUUUAUCGUUCGUUUUAAUAAAGACAAUGAAACUAUAGAAAUAAGGAUUUUGUAGCCUGAUUGCUGAUGUUAAUAUUGAAAAGUUAUUGUGUUUGGAAUUAUUCUGCAACAGAUUGAAUAAGCAGGAAGAUGGGAGGAAGAACUGGAAAGUUUGGAACAGUCACGUUACGCGUCGGGGUUAGCUUGAGAGGAUUAGUAAAGUAAACAGGAUUAGCGUCACAUGUAACAAUGGGUCACACACUGGCAGCAUACAUGGUGGCCGCAUCGCUUGCACUGCAAGUAAUUGGAGCGGCGCGAGUGAUGUGUCCGAGUGACCCUAACUGCGUUUGUGGCGGCACGCUCGCCCUCGAACUCAAUUGCAACAUCGAUGGGCGAAUAGUAGAGAUAAACUUAUUACCCAAUACAUACAUAAAUAUAAAGUGUAAAAAUGCAACAACUCUCGACUACAACAAACUACCAAAAUGUGCCAAUAAGAUGAACACAUUCAAGUCAGUCAGUUUUAAAGACUGUCCCUUACCAUCUACUUCCUUCCAAGAAGUUUUAACAAACAUAGGGGUAUCGAAGACUAUGGCGUUGAUAUUCCAAAAUGCAAAGAAUCUGUCGGGGUAUUUUGACAGAAAACAUUUUACAGGAUUGCACAAUCUUACAAAACUAUUACUAUCAGUUAACGGCAUCACACAUUUACCGGACAAUUUAUUCAUGGACAUAAAUAAGCUAACUUGGUUAAACAUACGCUCGAAUAGCAUAAAUCUUUCAGAACAAUUAUUUAAGCCGCUUGAAAGGCUGGAAACCUUAGAAAUAAGCCACAACCACAUGACCAAUAUAUCUUCAAAUUUAUUUUCACAUUUAUCAUUCUUGAGAAAAUUAUCAUUGUGGCAAAGCAACGUUACUUGGUUUUCUAAGGACUUUUUUACUGGGGUAAAUGUACUCGAGGAAUUAGAUCUAAGCUCCAAUGGGUUGAAUGAACUGCCUUCAUCGAUUUUUAAGCCUUUAAAGAAAUUGAAGAAGCUGACUUUAUUUUCGAAUAAAUUCUCGUCAUUGCCACAAAAUUUGUUCAAAAGUAAUGAUGAUUUAGAGACUGUUGUUAUUCUGAACAAUGACGUCGAAUUGAAGGAUCUUCCAAAGAACUUGUUUGGGAAUUUGCCGAACUUAAAACAAAUAUAUAUCCAAAGAUGUGGUUUAGUUAAUAUACCGUACGAUUUGUUCGCAAAUUCUCCUCAGAUCACAAACAUAUCAUUAGCUUACAAUGAUCUAGAGAAGUUACCAGAAUCGAUCUUCAACGACCAGAUCAAUUUAUUGGAGCUAGACUUGAGUCACAACAACUUAAGGAACUUGGAACCGAAACUGUUCUCGUCGCUUGUAAGAUUAGAGAAACUCAAUUUAUGUUACAAUGAACUCGUGAAAAUAUCUGGGUCGACUUUUUCACCUUUACUAAGCUUACUGGAUCUCAAUAUGGAACACAACAAACUAAGGACAAUAUCAUCCUACUUAUUCAGCAAUAACAGACAGAGAAUGUCUAUUUCUCUAGCGUACAAUGAACUGAGUUUCGAAAAUAGAGAGCUGCAUAACAAUUCAUGGAUUGUGAACAGGGUUUCACCAUUUGCUGAUACAUAUAAUUUGAGACUGCUGAAUUUGAGCCAUAAUAAUUUCAAGCAUAUUUUGCAAGACUGGUGGAUAAACGGUCAUGACAUUUUGGAUAUUAGCUACAAUUCUAUAUCUUCUUUGUGGGACGAUGAAAAUUCAACCGCCAAAUACGGAUACAGGAAAAUAUUUAAAAAACCAUUGAAAGAAGUAUGGGUUUCUCAUAACGUAUUCCAAUGUCGAUGUACGAAUAAUGAGUUUAUAGAUUUUCUACAAGACGACAUGAACACAAAGGUCGUUGACUUGCAAGACUUAGAUUGUCCCUUCUGGGCAAGUGGUACUUGUUCGAUGAGAAUCGUAAUUUUAGCCAUCAUUGUGACAGUAUUCGUCACAUUCCUGACAAUUCUUGCUAUUAUCUACUUUGAUUUGAGAAAACAAGUCUCCUUGACUUUGAAGAAAACUCUAUACAAUAUGUCUCAACAGAAUCCUACUAACAAUACUGGAAGGGGUAUAGUAGUUGAAUAUCUGGACAUGGACGAAGAAUUUGUCCUUAAUGAAAUUCUGCCCGGAAUGAGACAUUAUUUGAAAAAUGAGAUUCAUGUGAACGCUAUAAGCAGCAGCGACCAGAAUACCAAACAAACUUUUAUAAGUCCCGUCAAAGAGAUGUACACUACCCUUGUCAUAUUCUCCCCUAACUACUUAGCGUCACAAUACAGAUAUGUGAACAUAAAAAAGAUUCGCGGUGAAAUGUUGAAGGCGAAAAACACAAUUUAUGUGUUCGUUGAUACCGGAAUAGAGGACUUCACGUUCGCAUUCCUCAAGGGGCAACGAGACCUGCGAACAACGGUCUUGUGGAGCGGAAAGGACUGUUGGAACACGUUCCUAUCGAUCACAGCGAGCAGCGACAAGGAGCAUUUGGGACGAUUGAUCAAAAAAAUCAACACGGGGAAAAUAGAACUAACUACGAGCAAAUCUGGCUUAUGGCCUCCAGAUUCACGGAAUAUAUACGCUUUAGACGCAUCGCACAUGCAAGUUUAGUUUUGUCUUCUCAUUUUAAUUUAAUGAGGUAAAGACUGACUUCUCCAUGAUCAUUAGUCUCACUCAUUCUGGUUUUUGGUGAAUACAUAGCUGUCAGUGAUUCUCUUGCGUAUUAUAGAUAGGCGUUACUGUUAUUUACUAUAGGUAUUUAAAAACUAAUUGUGUAGAUGAAAUUUUUACAAAAGUAUUUUAUCACGUGUAAAAAGAAAUGUAAUUUAGUUAAAUACUUACUUUUUUCAGCUAAGGUAAACCCCUAUUCAUUGUUUUGUGGGUAAACCAGUACUUGUUCGGCUCUUGUACUUCAAAGAAGUCUGUUUUAACAUAGCAAAAAGUUAAGUGUAUGGAAUGCGUAAUCG